AUGGUUCUGGUGCGCGUCCUCGUAUUUCUACUCUUUCCUCUAUCUAUCCUUUCAGUUGCUCUGAAUCCGAAAAUUCGCGGUACUCCAAUCGUCGACCUUGGCUAUGCGAGCUACAGUGGCUAUUACAAUGCCUCCACUGGUAUCAAUUACUUCCGUGGGAUUCCAUAUGCCAAAGCGCCCAUUGGCGAACUUCGAUGGCGCAAGCCCGUACCCAUAGAUGGUGCCAUCAAGAAGGACAAGCAAGUCAUCAACGCCAGUUUACCAGCUCCAGCCUGCUACCAAUCCAAUCCGAGUUGGGCAGAGUUUGGGGCUUCGCUAUCUGCUGGGGCCCCUUUCCAACAAUCAGAGGAUUGCUUGAUAAUGGAUGUGCUUGUGCCGAGCAGCCCUGUAUCUCAACGUCUUCCUGUAAUAGUGCAGAUUCACGGCGGUGGCUACACUCUUGGCGAUGCGGCGCUGUAUCCCGGCGACGCCAUGGUCAAUCAGUCUAGCGGAACCGUGAUCUAUGUCGCCAUUCAGUAUCGUCUUGGCGUCUUCGGAUUCCUCGGCGGUAAAUCAAUUGCAAAAGAUGGCAUUUUGAAUGCAGGAUUGCUAGAUCAGAGAGCGGCACUAGAAUGGCUUCAACGACAUAUACACGCAUUCGGGGGAGACCCAUCUCGCAUUACCAUAUGGGGUGGCUCUGCUGGUGGAGGCUCUGUAUCUUUGCAGUUGACUGCAUAUAGCGGCAAGGAUACUCCUCCGUUCUCUGCUGCCAUUGCCGAAUACCCUUGGUGGCAGCCACUCCUUAACCCUGCUAUACAGGAUGCCCAGUACGACACUACUCUUCGCUUAUCGAAAUGCAGCGACAUAAACUGUUUACGUGCUCUCUCUGGAACGGACCUAGCAAAUGUCGGACAAGGUGUUCUGAACGUGUCAUACCCUAGUGCCGGUUACGGAUAUGGCCUUUUUUACUUCGGCCCCGUUGUUGAUGGAAAUUUCGUUCGAGAUCUCCCAAGUACCGAAUAUCGUGAGGGUCAUUUCUACAAGGUGCCUACGAUCGUGGACCACGAGGGUUAUGAGGGCGUCAUUUUCACCAAUCCGACACUGACUACGACCGAUGCUGAAACUAAAGAUGCGCAGUACAUCUUCCCCUCGGCGGACGCUUCUUUCUUCUCUCGCCUCUACGAGCUCUACCCCAGCUCCGAUUUCAACUCCACCUUCUUCCAACGCCAGCAAUGGUUUGGCGACGCAAUAAUCAAUUGUCCGUCAUACCAAAUAGCCAACGGAGUAGCCACCCAUUACCCAAACCCGCACGCCGUCUACAAACUCGUAACCGCAAUCGGCACCGAGCUACACGGCUCUAAUCUCCCUUUUCUCACUUCCGCGGAUCCUGGGUACACGUCUGCGCCAAAUGCCACGAUUGCUAAGAUUCUCACGGGCUACUGGUUAUCCUUUGCUAUUACCGGCAAUCCAAACCCACUUCGUUUCCCAGGGGCUCCCUACUGGCCGUCGUAUGUGGGUGGUUACGGUGGGAAGCGUGUGCUGAGUAUCAAUUAUACACAGAUUGGGAGGGUGCCCGACCGGGAUGAGGGACCGCGGUGUGAUUUCUUCAGCUCUCAGGGGACAAUUGUUGAAAAUUAGAAAGGUGGGUUUCGACCAUUCGCUAACACGCCAAAAUUUAGUUUGGGAACGGUAGGUUAGCUUCCCAAACAAUUCAAUCAUCAAUCACAGCAUCAUUUUGAUUUGCUAUUAGUUUGCGUAACAAACCUCAUAAUUCAAAACAAGAAUAUUCAUCAC